AUGGGUAAGGAAAAGGUUCACAUCAACAUUGUGGUCAUUGGACAUGUCGACUCUGGGAAGUCAACUACCACUGGUCACUUGAUCUACAAGCUUGGAGGUAUUGACAAGCGUGUGAUUGAAAGGUUUGAGAAGGAAGCUGCUGAGAUGAACAAGAGGUCAUUCAAGUAUGCCUGGGUGCUGGACAAGCUCAAGGCUGAGCGUGAAAGAGGAAUUACCAUCGAUAUUGCUUUGUGGAAAUUUGAAACCACCAAGUACUACUGCACAGUUAUUGAUGCCCCUGGACAUCGUGACUUUAUCAAGAACAUGAUCACUGGAACCUCCCAGGCUGAUUGUGCUGUCCUUAUUAUUGAUUCCACAACUGGUGGUUUUGAAGCCGGUAUUUCAAAGGAUGGGCAAACCCGUGAGCAUGCUCUGCUCGCAUUCACCCUUGGUGUGAAGCAGAUGAUCUGUUGCUGUAACAAGAUGGAUGCCACUACCCCGAAGUACUCCAAGGCUAGGUAUGAUGAAAUCGUGAAGGAAGUUUCAUCCUACUUGAAGAAGGUUGGUUACAACCCAGACAAGAUUCCAUUCGUUCCCAUCUCUGGAUUUGAGGGUGACAACAUGAUUGAGAGGUCCACCAACCUUGACUGGUACAAGGGACCAACUCUUCUUGAGGCUCUUGACCAAAUCAAUGAGCCCAAAAGACCCUCAGACAAGCCUCUCAGGCUUCCCUUGCAGGAUGUCUACAAGAUUGGUGGUAUUGGUACCGUGCCAGUGGGACGUGUUGAGACCGGUGUCUUGAAGCCCGGUAUGGUUGUGACCUUUGCUCCCUCAGGGUUGACAACUGAAGUUAAGUCUGUUGAAAUGCACCACGAGGCUCUCCAAGAGGCUCUUCCAGGUGACAAUGUUGGCUUCAACGUGAAGAACGUUGCAGUCAAGGAUCUCAAGCGUGGUUUCGUUGCAUCCAACUCCAAGGAUGACCCUGCCAAGGAAGCUGCCAACUUCACAUCCCAAGUCAUUAUCAUGAACCACCCUGGCCAGAUUGGAAACGGCUAUGCACCAGUGCUUGAUUGCCACACUUCCCACAUUGCUGUCAAGUUCGCCGAACUUGUCACCAAGAUCGACAGGCGUUCUGGUAAGGAGCUCGAGAAGGAGCCCAAAUUUUUGAAGAAUGGUGAUGCAGGUUUCGUUAAGAUGAUCCCAACCAAACCCAUGGUGGUUGAAACCUUCUCCGAGUAUCCUCCCCUCGGUCGUUUUGCCGUGAGGGACAUGCGUCAAACCGUGGCUGUGGGAGUCAUCAAGAGUGUUGAGAAGAAAGACCCCACCGGAGCCAAGGUCACCAAGGCUGCCCAGAAGAAGAAGUGA